AUGUCGUCGGAUUCCAAGGCCAACGUGUCAUUCGACGCUGCCUCGAUAUCGACCUCAUCUCUCAUGAGUGAGAAGGAACGGGCCAAAAAGGAGAAGAAGGAUUCACUGGUCAAGAGGGUCGUAACAGCCAUCAAGAACUUUGACCCUCCCGAGCCAAGAAUCCCCAAAGGCCGACACGAGUACAUGCCCGCGUGGGCGGUUUGA